CGAAGGUAGCCGAACGCGAAGCGUGUGCUGAGUGUAUCUUUUACAAGUGUGACUUGUGGUCAUAUUUUAUAUCGUAAAGGCUUGACUGACGUAUAUUUUUGCGGCGUUUGAUUAUCGAAAUGGCAUCGUCGCGACCCAUGGAGAGAGUCGUUGUGAAGACAGAAAGAACUGGUCCGUUUGAGUGCUACAUUCAGGGUGAUAGAAGUGCCAAACAGUUGUGUGUAACAUGGCAUGACAUUGGUCUUAACUAUUUGUCGUUUCACAAGUUUACCCAACAUCCUGAUAUGCUGAAUGUUGCUCAUAAAAUGUGCUUUGUCCAUAUCAAUGCACCUGGACAAGAGCCAGAUGCUGGCAAUCUACCAGAUGAUUUUCGCUAUCCAUCAAUUCAGGAAUUCUCAGAUGAAGUUGAUCCGAUUCUUGAUGCACUUGGGUAA